ACUAAUAAAAUAAUGUUUAAUAACCAUGUGUUUGACAAAAUAUGUGCCACAAAAUUAUGGGACCCGGAGCUUAUGUGGAACACUACUAGUCCCAAGUUUAGCAAUUGUAUGGCCGAUACUUGGCUUGUAUGGUUGCCGGCUACCUGUCUAACCGUAUGCCUGUCCAUUAAAAUCACUAGACUAUGUUGUAAUCGCCGAUCGGUUAGACCAUCAACAACAACAACACCGCCAACUAUUGACUACAACUACUUCAAUAUUAUACGACUGGCCAUUGCCUGUCUGUUAGCUACGGUAACUGUAGUCGACUUGUUUAGCAGUCUAUAUCAGCUCCGAUACUAUCAUCAAUGGCCAGCUAUUGAUGACACAACACCACCACCACCGCCACUACCAACAGUUGCCUACAUUAUCAGGACAGUCAUACUAAUAGCUACACGACUGGCCAUAACCGUAGUUGUCUACCAGUACCGACUAAACGGUCGACACAGCUGUAGUGGCUAUAUAUGGUUUUAUUUGUUAGCCGAUACAGUGGCCAGCGGUCUAACCGUUUGGUCAUACGCUACGGUUAGACCAUCAAUAACUGCGGGACAACUACUAGUAAUAUCCACAGAGUUUUCAUUGACUAUCCUAUUGCUAGUGUUUUGUUCAUUUGCCGACCGUUUACCACAACAACAACCACAACAACGACAACAAUUGUCAGCUAAAAGCGCCGACACCUUAACCUUAACCAAAAACUGUCCAAAAGAUAGUUCCGGUUUUCUAUCGUUACUAACAUUUCAAUGGGUAGACAGUCUACUGUGGACUGGUUGGCAAAAAUCGUUGACUAUCGGCGAUCUAUGGCCACUACGAUCGGCCGAUAGAGUCGAUCAAUUGAUGGCCCAAUUUUCUAGACAUUAUAGGACAACUACUACUGCCAGUACUACUGGUGUACGGGUAGUUAGUAGGCAAUGGUUGUCUAGAAAGUGGUCGUACAUAUGGUCUUAUAAAUGGUGGACAAACCGUAAAUCAAUUUACAACAAAUUAAAAUUAUCAAAAAUAUCAGAUACCGAUAAUACCGAUAAUACCGAUAAUACCGAUAAUACCGAUAAUACCGAUAAUACCGAUAAUACCGAUAAUACCGAUGAUACCGAUGAUGAUGAGCUAACUGUGCCAUUACUUAAGCAUAGGUCAUCAUCACCAUCAAUGCCAACACCAACCACAUCAUCAGCACCACUACCGGCUAGUAAUGUGUUUACAGCUAUUUUGAAAACUUUUUGGUCGACUUAUUUGCCGUCAACACUAGCUUUUAUAGUAUUUGAUACGGGAGUCAUAUUCAGUGCAUACCUACUUAAAUAUUUGAUUGAGUUUACCGUCAAUGAUGAUGAACCCCAAUGGCACGGUUAUGUCUAUGCGACCGCAAUACUGGUGCUCAAUAUGACGGUUGCAUUUUCCUACUCAAUAAAUGCCCAACAAAUGGCUGUUUUAGGACAGCGUAUAAAAACAUUGCUAACCGGACUGGUCUAUCGUAAGGCACUGGUAUUAAGUAAUAGUGCCAAAAAUCGGGAGUCUAAUACCGGUCAAAUAGUUAAUCUAAUGGCCGUCGAUUGUCAUCGAUUUAUUGGGUUGUUAUCGAAAUUAAAUUUUUUAUGGACAGCCUUUAUCCAGAUAACAUUGGCUGUAUAUCUACUAUACACUGAAUUAGGUGUGUCCAUUGUUGCCGGUAUCCUAGUAUUACUGGUAGCUAUGAUGACCAAUAUAUUUGUUGCCAAAAUCAAUGAUAACUAUAUGUCACGACAAAUGUCUCACAAAGAUCGUCGACAAUUGAUUACCAAUGAUGUACUCAAUGGUAUCAAAGUUUUAAAACUAUACGCCUGGGAAAAGGCAUUCAUCGAUAAGAUAUUGCAAAUACGCGGCAAAGAGUUGGGAUUUUUACGGACAGCCGGCUAUUGGUCGACAAUAUCUCUACUGACAUCAACUUGUCUACCAUUUAUGGUAACAUUGGCUACGUUUGGCUCGUAUUUGGCCAUCGGUUCGGACACAUUGGACGCCCAAAAAGUUUUUGUAUCCUUGGCAUUGUUUGCCAACGUCGGGAAUUCAGUAAUGAAUAUGCCCGACACUAUCAACGAGAUAAUAAUUUCAAUAGUUUCAAUUAAUCGUUUAAACAAAUUUCUGGAUUUACCCGAACUAACCAAUUAUGUGACCAAUAAUAUCGAUACCAUCGAUAAUGAGGAGGACGAGGAUGACAACCACCUAACGGUGCUUAGCAUAGAAAACGGUUGUUUUACAUGGAAUAGCAUGGAAUCAAAUCCUAAUAAUAAUAGUAAUAAUAAUAAUAAUCUAAUUUUGCAAAAUAUUAACCUAAAUGUAAGCGAUGGCCAGUUUGUUGCCAUUAUCGGUACAGUUGGUUCGGGUAAAAGUUCGCUAUUGUCGGCAAUUUUGGGCGAAAUGAACCGAUUGGGCGGUCAGGUUAACCUACGAUCGGCAGGUGGUCUAAGUGUGGCUUAUGUACCACAGCAGCCGUGGAUCAUGAAUAUGACACUCAGAUAUAAUAUCCAAAUGUUUGGCAACAAUCGUAUCGCCGACGACUAUACGGAUGAUGGACACCAGUAUUACCGUCGAGUAGUCGACUCGUGCGCCCUAACCGACGAUCUGAGACAACUGCCGGCCGGCGAUAGGACAGAGAUCGGCGAAAAGGGUACGAAUCUGAGCGGUGGUCAAAAACAACGGGUAAGUCUGGCCCGGGCUGUCUAUAGUCGGGCCGAUCUCUAUCUAAUGGACGAUCCAUUGUCGGCAGUGGACAGUCAUGUUGGCCAACAUAUUAUGCGUGAAGUACUGGACUCGCGGACCGGUUUAUUACGCGGAAAAACCCGACUAAUGGUAACCAAUCAGUUGUUUGUGUUGCCGUUUGUCGACCAAAUAGUUGUCAUGAAAUCGGGUAAAAUCCAUGCAAUCGGUUCCUAUGAUCAGCUAAUCCAUGAAAAUGAAGAUUUCAGACAAUUAUGGCAACAAUAUUCCUCCACAUCAGCAGUAGUUGAUAGUAAUCCAAAUGAUAUUGAAAACAAUGAAAAUAAUAAUAAUAAUAAAAAUAUUGAUACAACUGUCCCAUUACUUGAUGAUGAAUUGGUGGCCAAUAAUAAUGAUAAUAACGAUAAUAAUCGGCUAAUCGAUGAUGAAGUGGUCGAAACCGGCAAAAUCAAGCCUAGGAUUUAUCUAAAAUAUAUCCAAUCAAUGUCAACCUGUUGGACAGUUAUCCUAAUCCUGGGCUAUAUGUUAGCCAUUGCUAGCGAAUCGGCAUCGACUUUCUGGCUGAGCUUCUGGAGUGAUGAUCCUGAAAGUUCGUCCCAUAAGUCCUACUAUUUAUUAGGUUAUACAUUGUUGGGUACAUCGAAAAUCUGUUUACUGGGCCUGUCGUGGACAGGUAUUAUCAGUACAACAGUAUUGGCAGCCAAUCGACUAUAUAAAACACUACUGUCCUCAGUAGUCAAUACGUCGAUGAGUUUUUUCGAUACGACACCAUUGGGUCGUAUAGUCAACCGAUUUAGCAAAGAUAUUGAUAUAUUAGAUACACAGAUGUCGUCCACAUUAAGUUUAUUGAUAUACUGUUUGCUGGCAUUAUUGAACACACUUAUAGUUAUUACAUUACAAACACCGUUAUCAUUGCCGGUAAUAAUCAUAUUGAUUGUCUGCUAUAUAUUAUUACAGAAAUUUUAUCUAAAAAAUUCACGUCAAUUAAAACGAUUAGAGAUGACUACCCGAUCGCCUAUUUAUACACAUUUUAGCGAAACCUUGUCGGGUGUGUCAACCAUACGAGCUUAUGGAUGUCAGCAGCGGUUUAUUAGGGAAUCGGACAGUCGAGUGGAAAUCAAUCAACAAUGUCUGUAUCCAAGUGCUUCAGUUACCGGUUGGAUAGUAUUACGACUGGAGUUUCUGUCGCAUAUGAUUACCUAUUCGGCCGCAAUGUUUGCCGUACUGGCCAAAGGUACGGGAAUUACGGGCGGAUCGGUUGGUCUAUCGUUACUGUAUGCCGAUAGUAUUUGCGGAUCAAUGGGCAGUUUAGUCAGAUUGUCGGCCGUAUUGGAAAAUAAUAUGGUUUCCGUCGAACGGGUGGACGAAUAUUCUGGCCUAAAACCAGAGUCCGACGACAGCAACGGCGCCGGCAAUGACUGUAAUGGUCAGUCUAGUGACCGCCGACGGCCGGACGACAGCAAAGGAUGUAUAGAGUUUCGUGACUAUAGUACCCGAUAUAGACAGGGACUGGAUCUGGUGCUCAAACAUAUCAAUAUUAAAAUCAAUGCCAAAGAAAAAAUUGGAAUCGUUGGCCGAACCGGUUCGGGAAAGUCAUCCAUGAGUUUAGCAUUAUUUCGUAUCAUAGAGUCAGUCGGCGGCCAAAUACUCAUUGACGGCACAGAUAUCAGUCGACUACCACUACCAGUGCUACGAUCUGGCCUAACAAUCAUACCACAGGAACCGGUAUUGUUUUGCGGUACUAUCCGUACAAAUUUGGAUCCGUUUGGCCGGCACUCGGAUUCGGACAUAUGGCAAGCACUGGACAGAUCUCAUCUCAAACCGUAUGUUUUAUCGGGUAAAUCAGGACUCGACUACCCGAUCAGCGAAGGUGGCGAUAACAUGAGUGUCGGUCAACGACAACUGGUAUGUCUGGCCCGUGCAUUACUACGCCAUACGACUGUCCUGAUCCUCGAUGAGGCCACGGCUGCCAUUGAUGUGGAAACCGAUCGACUAAUACAGCAAACAAUUAGGUCAGAGUUUUCCGACGCAACUGUCCUGACAAUAGCUCAUCGGCUAAAUACUAUCCUCGACUCGGAUCGGGUUAUAGUCCUAUCCGAUGGACAGGUAGUCGAGUUUGAUUCGCCCCGCAGUUUACUAUCGGAUAGUAAUUCCCAGUUUUAUUUAUUAUGCAUUUAA